AUGUACCUUAAGUUGAAUCGUCGUCAAAUCAAGCUACUAGGUUACAAGUCAUAUGCCAACUAUCCCCUGAGGCGUCUUAUGAUCGCUGUAAUCUUCGACUUGUUGCGUCGGCGGAGACCAGAUGCUCCCGCAAGAGUGGCUCGAAUCUUCCCCCUUGUGGCACAGAAAAUGGAACAUUGGAUGUUUGCGCAAUCUUCUUCUCGUCAAGAGUACUCCGACCUCUCCACCUUGACUUCUCGCAUGGCACAAUACGCCCGAAUGACGUUGGAACGUGCUGGACGUCUUCAUCCCCGUCUAGCCAAAGCCGCUUGA